UGAAAAUAUGUCACGAAGUGUAAAAAUUAAUUUGUCAUAGUGGAAAUUAGUGAUUUUAUCAGUGUCCUGUAGAGUUCUAUUUCUUAUCAUCAUUUAUGGUUUGAAUCCCAGCUGCCGAAUACUGGAUUGAUUGCUUCAUCUCAAUUUCCUUUGCUCUUGUGAAAUUCGAUGUACAUGAGUCCAUAGCCAUUAACCUUAUUUACUGUAAAGACAGUAUUCAAUGUCUCUUCCAAAUAAACUCCUCAGAAUAGUUGAUGUUCUUCUGCGAGUGCCACCAUUGUUCAUCAUAGAUGAAUUACUGAGAAUUGGUCUCGGUCUGCCCCAAUAUGACUCCGCCAAAGAAACCCUCGCUGAGAGCGAAGGGACGCAAGCCGCUUAUGGAUUUCAAGUCGAUAGCCUUACGAACUUUGAUUCACAGUUCUACAAAUUUUUGUUAAUAACUUUUAUGAAAUUUAUUAUAUCAUUGUUAGGUUGUGUAGCUUCUUUAUGCGUCUUUCUAUUAUGGACGAAGCAGCUAGUAGUUGUGUACACGUUUCUCAUCUCUGUGGGAGUAGUGUUUGUGUCUUACUGGUUGAACGUCAGUACAAUGAAAGCAGUCAUAGCAGCAUCAGCAAUAUCCAGAUCAAGCGUCCUGGAGGAUAUUUUAGCUUUGAAAAUAAAUGAUGUCUUCGACGACCACAACGGAACUGCUUGGAUAAUUUUGCAGAAUUAUCUCAUGCAGAGUCUCCUGGCAUGUACCUUUUCAUUUUUUCAUCUUGGACCUCGCUACUCCCUCUCUCAGAAACUGCUGCCCUUCAGUUUUUUAGCUCCGUCUACUCUAGCUCUUCUUCCGAUGUCAUCCAAAGUUCUUCAUCACGCUCCUGUCUUUGCAGCCUUACUACCUCUUGCUCUAGUCAAGUUUGUCAUCUGGGGCAGUGCUUUGACUGUUGUCCAAACAAUAGUCAAUGGCUAUCAAAGAGCCAGAAACUAUGUGAGUAAUUUUGGUGUCUCUACUCUAAUGGAGAACGAAUGGGUUCGAUUAAAUGUUCCAUGUGUCUUGAGAACGUUUUGGAUUUUGCGGGUCCUUGAACAUGCAAUCUCUCUUCUAGCCGAUUGGUGGCGGAAUUCGCAACAUAAUGUAUCUGAUCCAUCUUUAGCAGCCUCUCCACUCUCUUUUGAAUCAUUUCCAAGCCCACUCCUAAUUAUCAAAUCAAUCCUGAUAUCAGGCUGUGAGACACUGACAGCUCUUUUAGGAAUGACAAGUGUUGUCUCGUACAUCUGCCACUACAUAGGCCGAGUUUUCCAGUGGGUGCUGCUUCUCAAUGAGGAAGAUGAUGAUAAGAGCAUAGGCACUGUAUCAGCUAUUCUGUUCUACAUUUUAGCGCUACAAACUAGUCUGACAAGUUUAGAGCCUGAAAAACGAUUUGUGCGGCUCUGUCGAAAUUUUUGUCUUCUGUUCACGGCAGUACUCCACUUUGUCCACAAUCUUGUAAAUCCUAUACUUAUGUCGCUCAGCGCAUCGCAUAAUCCCUAUAUUCACAGGCAUGUUCGGGCUCUACUAGUCUGCUCUUUUCUCAUCCUGUAUCCAAUUUCAUUAGUGUGCGUCUUAUGGUAUUAUCAGAAUAUGUCAUCAUGGCUUCUUGCUGUUUCCGCCUUCAACGCAGAAGUUGCUGUCAAAGUCAUCAUUUCUCUUCUCAUCUACAUGCUGUUCCUCAUCGAUGCUUACAGAUCAACGUUUUGGGAAAAAUUUGAUGAUUAUGUUUACUAUAUCCGAGCAUUCGGCAAUACGAUCGACUUCUGUUUUGGCAUUUUCCUGUUCUUGAAUGGGGCCUGGAUUUUAUUUUUUGAAUCCGGCGGCGCCGUCAGAGCUUUGAUGAUGUGCAUUCAUGCGUAUCUCAACAUUUGGUCUGAAGCAAGAAGAGGAUGGAGUGUUUUUAUGAAGAGGAGAACAGCUGUAAAUAAAAUAGAGUGCCUUCCAGAGGCAACUCCAGAACAGCUCAUUGAACUGGACGAUGUAUGUGCCAUUUGUUAUCAAGAAAUGCAGUCCGCCAAAAUAACCAAGUGUCAGCAUUUCUUCCAUGGUGUCUGUCUAAGGAAGUGGCUCUAUGUUCAAGAUAGAUGUCCUUUGUGUCAUGAUGUUUUGUACAAAGUUGAGGCAGAAUCAAAGGUGAGAACAGUGGAUCGUCCAAACAGGCCGAUCCAGGCUGCACCGAUCAACAAUCAGGCGUUAGAAAACCAAGACAGGACAGACAAUCACGGUCCUGCCCAAGCAGUAUUACCCGGACUGUUGCAAGUCUACACAAAUGAACCCAGUCAAGCUGAUGGCAGCUAAAUUUAAGGAUGCACAAUCCUAAUAUGUAGCCACUAUGAAUCAAUGAAGUCAUGAUAAACAUCUGUUGAGUCUAAUAUCAUCGGUUUUUGCUUCAUUUUAACGCUCAGUGAAACAUUCCCUUCAUUAAAUUUGAUAGUAUGGUGAGUUAUUCCUCCUUUUAACUUGCCUUUUUAUCUAACAGCCGUCUGGAGAAUGACGAAGCAGAAUUGCUAAUAUGUUUAAAGAAAUUUUCUUCUUUUGGCAGAAGGCUACUUUUGGAAGCUUAACAAAUUAACACGGUCUCUGUCAACAAGUCUUAAUGUGAAUAUACCUAUCGAGCGAGAAUAAAACGCAUGAAAGUGGCGAAAUUCAAAUGCUUCAAACUAUUGUUUCCAAUAGCGUUAUCACUUUUCAUGAGUUACAUGUGUAACUUGUACUCUACAAGUAGUUAAGCAGAGGACCCACCUCCAGCACACAUUAAUGCGUUGAAAAUGCAUGGUUCAUAACACUGGUCACUUUGACCGUUUUGGCCUGUCACCACCAACGAGGAAAAAGUCACUAUGACUGGCUUGGCAAUGAAUGUAUUAAGCCCUUUGCUGAAGUGAUAUUCAGUCAAACGCUUUCAUCUUGAAAAUAAUGUGCUUUCCUCCAGUUUUUAGCCAUCAAUUUUUUUUUAUUUAUCUUUUUUCCCAAUCAGUCUGUGUACCUAAAUCUAAUUAUGAAGUGAUUAUAUGUAGUAGCACUAUCAAUUUGAGACAUGCUCGCGGUGAUUGAAUGAUCUUUCGUUUUAAAUGAUAGUUUUGUUUAUUCUCUAUAAGAAAAUUAAAUAUUUGGCAAUGGAUAUGUGUAUCAUUCAUGUAAUACAUUUUUUACUUAAGUGACAGUCAGGAAAAAAUUCCGCCUUUGUUAAGGUAAAACUUGGUUUUUGAAUCACAGGGGUUCUUUUUAAUUCAAAUUAAAUGACCAAAGAAAUAAAAUUAAUUACUGGCUCAUUAGUCAAUCAAUUGACAGAUUAAUCCCUCAAUUUCUUCUUGUGAGGUGCCACUCAAAACAGGGCAGGGAGAAAGAAAUUUUUUGCCAAAAAUACAUAACAGGAGCUCAUGUAUCUUUGAAAUCAAUAUGCUUGAACUUUAGAAAAUUCGCAAUUUUGAGGGAUUUAAAGUGCAUUAAAAAUUGCAUUUUGUGCUACAAAUGAAAGUAGAAAAAGAUACAGAUCAUUAAUAAAUUUUAAGAAAUGUAUGACAGAGUGAGAAUUAUUUUCUUUUUACUAGCUAUCUGCGUUUUUAGUUUUGGUUAGGACUCUUUGUGUCUGUUUUUCUCCCUCUUUCUCUCUCUCUCUCCCUCCUUCUCUCUUUAAUGUGCAUAAUCAGUUCAGAAUCAGCGAGAGAAAUGUAGUGGAAAAAUGUUCUUCUCAUCAGAGUCAUUAUGUUUUUCGAUGAAAUAUUUCUGUAACUAUUAAAAUUCGGAAGGGAGGGGGGGACGUUGCAAAUUUAGACCGUUCAGAUUAUGGAAAAAGUUGUAUGAAAAAAGGCAGAGGGAUGUUAGUAGUUAAAACUUAAAUGGCCUGUAGAUACGUCUCCCACCAUUGUUUCUUAUGAUCAACGGUAAAUCUUGUAAUGGCAAACUACAGCGUAUGAUUCAAUGUUUUGUAAAUUUUAAAUGUUCACUAUGCCCUUCUGACUCGAGCUUUAUUUAUUUACUUUUUUUUAAUGUAGGUUCCCCUUGCACAUGACAUUUCUCUUGUUGCUUGUCAAAUGUACUUUAUCAUCAUUUGUGUGAGUAAAUUUUCAUUGUAUACUGGAGUAAAUUUUAUCAGGUUUCACUCCAUGUAAAAUUCUUAAUUAGUAUGUAGUUCCGUUACUUAAGAAUUAAAGAUAAAGCAGUUCAAGAACUGGAAGAUCGUCUGUUCUACUUUUUACAGUAAUCUUUAUCAAAUUUGUCUCUACGUGUCUCUCAAAUUGCAAACUUUACAAAGUGUUUAAAGAAGUAUCAAUUAAAUUCAUAAACCCAAAAUUUCAAGAAUAAAAUAUAAAAUGAUUGUUCACUGGGAGCUAAAUCGUGAGAAUACUUUCCAAGCGUUGCUCCUGUUGAGUAUGCUAGUUUUUUAUACUGAAGAGUGCUGAACUAUUACAGUAUUUUUAGUAAUGACCUCUACACUUAAUGUUUUGGGAUGAAUUUUUACUAGUCCAAUACAGGUGUUCAAAGUAAGAAUCAUUUCAAUAUCUACAUUGUCUCGCCACCAAAAUAUCGAUGGGUAAAAUCGGAAAAAAAACCUUUAUCUGAUCCUGAUAUCGCAAAUCAUUGUCCUUGCUACAUUCUUAUUUUUGUUUUUCGUCAGAAGCAAUCAACAUUUUUUCUUGAAAUUUUUUGUGCAUUUUCUCUGCUCAUUAAAAAUAUAUACAACAAAUUUUAAGAUGAGAUUGUUGUAGGUUUUCUCUAAAAAAAUAGGACACAAUCAAAAAUUUAAGAACAUUGCAAUGGAAAUAUGCAUUUUUCGACUUGAGCCAUCGAUAUUUACUUGCGAGGUUAACGGAAGUGAAAGAGGGUUGAAUUUCAUUGAAAGCCUUUUUGUGAUAGUGGCAAGAUACAAAUGAGGCAAGUACAGGGAGCAUUUUGAAUCUGUGUACUUACAUUUUUCCAAAUGAACCUGAUACAUUAUCUCUUCUAUUUAUGCUGCAUUAUCUUUUUAAAUGUUUUGCGCAAAGAUUAUCAUCGAUUAUCAUUUUGGUGAGCGAAACAAGACUUCUUAGUAUCAUUGUUAUUUUGCUGAGAGUUUUACAGCUCUUGCUUCAAAGUAUUAAAUGGUAAUUUCUUAUAGGUUGUGAAAAAGAAAGAAUUAGAUUGAAUAUCUUUGGGGUCCAGGAAAGUUUUAUUGAUUACAAAAAUAUGAGAUUGUGUGUACUUUUCUUUUGAGAAGUCUUUGAUUAAUUCAAUAUGGCAUAUAUAUGGAUCUAAAUUUGACAAAUUUAAAUCAAGAGGGACUGAAUUCUUUCUAACAUGAGCCCUGUUCACAUUUUUGUGGAUCUUAGGGUACAUGUCAGAAUGGAUGUAGUUCCUUUUGAUUUAAAUACGUUCAAUUGCAAUGUUUCAAAAUGUCUGAGUAUACUUAAGAGAACUUCAAGUCAACAUUAUAACUUGCAAUUUUCACAGAAUAACCCUAGCCUUAGAAUGGUGCGACUAAUUAAGAGAAUAUUCUACACCAAAAUGUUGAUUUGUUUUCCUCCCAAGAAUUAACGAAUGCAUGGAAAUUUUGAAAUGUUACAACUAAGACUUGCCGUUUUAGAGGUUAGCCAUUUUUAUCACAAGUAUCUAAUUAAUUACCUCAUCCUAAAUCAGUAUCCGUUUUUAUCUUUGAGCUAAAUUUAGUCAGACUUUGUAGAUUUUUGGUUCUUUUAAAUGGUGACAAAGCACGUCUUUUAAGACCCUUUGUUUACGUGAAAUGAAAAUACAUGUGUCAUAAUUAUUAUGGAAUCACUUGAAGGUGUAUUUUGUUUGAAGUAACAGUGAAACAGGUCUCGGAAAAAUUGUUUUCUGUGUAACUUUUCCAUAAUCAAGGAGCAACCAAUGAGAAAACAGUCAAGGAAAGGAGGUUAGGAACCUUGUAUACAACUGAUGAUUCUUAUAGACUAAGGGGAAAAAUGAUGGACCCACUGUAGGGUCCCUUCUGGGUUACCGUUAGUUACUCCCUUCUGUAUUACUUACCUCCUUUUUCCAGUGGAACCGCCAGCUUCCACCAAUAGGAUCGUUCCAUUUUCCCUUUGUCUUCUUUGUCUGUAGCUUUGACUAUCAAUUUCCAUAAUCAGCCCACUGCUCGGUGCAAUAGAGUAGCAACAUGUCCAAAGAUACUCUCAUGUCCUGUCCGCUAAUGAUUGGUAACACUCAAAUGAAAUCGGAAUGUUUUGCACUGAUGUGAAACAGUCAUAUCUGUUUCUUCAAACAAAAUACGACAUUUUCGUUUGAAAAGUAAUGAAGAAUGACGUUUUUCUCUUAUGAUGGUGGUUUUGCUUGGAGGCGCUGAUAAAAUACGUCAAGUUCUCUAGGUGUUUAUUUUGGGUUGUUGCUAGUUGAAAGUGUCUUCGCUAAUUUUGACUGCUAGGCGCAAAGCAUAUAAUCAGCCCCCCCAAAGUUCCGCCACCUAUGUUUACUGAGAUCAAGAUCAGUGUUUUGUCAGCUGCUUCAAACUUAAUGAUAGCUGAAUCCAGAUCUGCCCAGAAUUUUUUAUGUUGUGUUAAAUUGUGAAUUUUUAGGCCCUGUACCUCUCAAGUUGUUUUGUAUAUUUUUUUUCCCUUUCAUCAGAUGAAGUUGAUUUGUUUUAAUGUAAUAAAACUUUGUAUUGCAUUAAAAAUAUUUUUCCACUUA